UGAUAUAUACGUAUCAUAUUCUCAAGGCCCCACAACCCUGCAACCACAAAUUAACUUCUAUAUAAGCCACCAUUCACAUUUGUUUUCAAGAAUAACUGAUGGAGUCGAAUCAAGGAUCUACGACGUCGUAUUAUGGAAUUCUGGGUGUUUCCGUUGAUUCAACAAACGAGCAGAUCAAACGGGCUUAUCGUAAGCUUGUUAUGCAAUGGCAUCCGGAUAAGUGGGUAAAGAAUCCAUCGGUUUUGGGUAAAGCUAAAAGUAAAUUUCAACAGAUUCAAGAAGCUUAUGAAGUGUUGUCAGAUCAGAGAAAGAGAUCAGUGUAUGAUGUUGGGUUUUAUAAUCAUCAAGAUGAAGAAGAUGAGGGUUUUGCUGAUUUUAUGCAAGAAAUGUCAUCCUUGAUGAAGAAUGUCAAGAAAGAGGAGAAAAAGUACAGUUUGGGUGAAAUACAGAGCAUGUUUUGGGAAAUGGCACAAAGUUUUAACCAGACGGCAUCUUCUUGUUUUGAUGAUGAUGAUAUUUGGUCACAAGACAUGUUCGGUUUGAAUGACGAGUCAAGAAGUUCGAAGAGAGCUCGAGCCAACACAAGCCCAUUGUCGGGCAUUGGCGUGCAAGAGGCCAAGUGUGUAUAGAAUGUAGAUCACUAAAAGUAGUAGCAAAUCGUUGCUUUUAUCAUAUGGGUGGUUAGUGCAAGUGAACCUAAAGAUUGAAUUGCGGUUGGAUGGAGAUGAUGAGAGAAUGUUGUAUGUUUGCUUGCCAUGGAGCUUGAUCAAAAUCGAGCUAGAUGUAUUGAGUGGGCCGAAAUGAUGUAAUUGAUCUACAUUGAUAAUAACCUUGUCGUAAUAUGGAACAAAAUGUCACGUCAAA